AAUGAGACAGUUGUCUUAUGAUUAGUUUACAUGCCAUACAGAAAUUGAUAAUUAGCCCCAUUUAAGAACUAAUAGUUAAUCUAUAUCCAUCGCUGAUAUACAUACUGCUGAUACAAACAGAAAAUUAUAAUAAAUUGCUUUUGAAUCGAUAGAAUAUUUACAAUAAGAGGAGGCAGAAGAGAAGGAAUAUAUCAUUCUUUAAAAUAGCAUUCGAUAGUAAUUAGCUAUGCAACUUAAAAUUGAAAAUUUAGGUAGGAAUAUACUAAAUUUAUAGCUAAGUUUGAUUUUUCAAAUUUGGAGAACAAAAUACAACUGAUUUUUUAAUGGAUCAUUGUAGUGUUUUAUAGGACUAGUAGCGAAAUGUUUGAAUGGAAAUCUUUUAAGGUAACGUAUAUCUGAGAAUGAAAGGAAAUUUGUAUAAUUGAAGAUAAAGGGGUGGAUUUAAGAAACAGAAUUGGUUUGAAAAACAUAGUUAGAAUGACAAAAUUAGAAUUUGAACUCACCAAAUAAUUGAUGCUAUAUAGAAGUAGUAUUGAAUCCAAAAAUAACAAUAACAAAGAAGUUGUUUAAUUUAUAAGUUAAAUUUUUGACAUAAUAUAAAUAAUAAUAAGAACUUUUGAAGCUGGCUAAAAGGUUAUGCGAAUUGAGGAAGAAUUAAUAAAAGUAAAAUUUAUCAUAUCAUUAGAGAUAAAUUUAAGAAAGUUAGUCAAAGGAGGAAGAAAAAUGA